AUGCAAUCACUCGAACCGCCGAUUGCAGCUGCUGCACAAAUCCGUGGGUCCAAGGCGAUCUCCGCUGCUGCCGCCGCUCCUCCUCCUCCUCCUCCUCUCAAUCAAGGCGCGUUCCCGUCAUCGCCCAACUCAUCCUCCGUGCUUUUCGGCUUGGGCCCUCGCCUCCUCGUCCUUCCUCCCGCUCCAUCGUCCUCAACCACCAGCGUCGUUCUCCCCACCCACCCUUCCACACAUCCCUCUCCCUACCGUCCAUCCUUCCCCCUUCCUCUCUUCUCUCUUCGGCGCCCAUAUCCACGCGUGCCACCCGUGGCUUCGUUCAGCCACCCCUUUUUCCCGGUACCAUCAUCACGCCCGCGCGCUCUCGUCUCUCGUCCCCGCCCCGAGCUAGCGACUGUACCUCGCUCGUGCCGUCGCACCGGCCCUGCUCCCAAACGCUCCAUCGCGCUUCUCGAUGGCCUGCUCAUCCCACGUCUAGCCUAG